CACUACUGUCAAACAAGAUCAUAUUAGUUACGAAACAAAUAUAAAAAUGCGAAUAUACGGUUAUUUAGCAAAAAAAGUCGGGGAUUUGACCAUAAAAUACUCAAAUUUUCCCGAAUCCUAUGUCAAAAAAAGCUAUGAACAGGUUUACUGGAAGACUCCUGCUGGGUAUCCUCAGUACAAGAAAGCUCAGGUUGCUCGUAAGAAGUACCGGUUCACAACAAACAGACCCUGGACCGGUCAAUUUCGGCAACAGAAUGAACCUGGCACAUUAAGGAAGAAGGUCUUCGUCGAACCGAUUCGUGAUUGGACAUUUUUCAGAGGUGAUCGCGUGGAAGUUAUGGUAGGAAAAGACAAAGGUAAACAAGGGAUUGUAUCCCAAGUCAUACAGGAGCGUAACUGGGUUAUUGUCGAAGGUCUUAAUACACAUCUUAGGGUUGUUGGAAAAGAUAAAAACUUCCCAGGAAUAACAAUUCAGUCUGAAGCUCCGCUAUUGGUAACUAGUGAUGUGAAAUUGGUCGACCCAGAGUCCUUGAAGGCUACUGAUGUAGAAUGGAGAUACACUGAAGAAGGAGAUAAGGUACGAGUGUCAUUGGCCAGCAGUCGAAUCAUACCCAUUCCUAAAACAGCCGAAGAAACAAUUGAUUACAAGAGUAAAGAGUUGUACAUUGAUAAUAUUGAAAAGGACACCACUGCAGAUGCUGCUACUAAGAUAACUUUUGCGCCAAAACUCAGGACCUUUGAAAUGGACAUUAUGGAAGAAAUGGGUAUAAAAGAGGAUAGGGUUCCCGCCAAAAGUUACUGGUAUUAAAACUAGAAAACAUAAUUGCUUUGUAUUAUUAGUGUAACUUUAAAAUAAAAUAUCAAUUGAUUUUA